AUGUCACAUUUCACUACCAUCCACGAACUUACCUCUUAUCUUUCAUGGUAUCCAGCAUAUACAUACGUCCGCUUUUUUGGUCGCGUUGUAAGCUAUGAUGACCGUAAAGGCGUUUUUACACUUCAGGAACUACCUGCGUUUUUUGUAGAAGCCACUGUCAAUACCUCUUUCUCUAGCCAGUCUAUUUCAUCACAACAGUCGCCACCUAUUAGUCUAACCCCUCGCCCAUUACCUGUAGCAAAUCUCUAUGUACAAUCAGAGUCGGGCGUGACCGCAGUCGUCAUCGAGGGGUCGCAAGUCUCGGAUACACUACAUAAUAAUCUGAUAGUUGAAGUAUUUGCACGCGUCCGAAGCAGGCAACCGGGUCUCGGUGCUCGGAAGUCUUCUCAGAUGUCGCAACAACGAGGCGACAGCAAUGCGCCAACUCCAAAUGUGGCUCAAGAUCCCCACGUGCGCGCCCAUCCAGGCGUGGGUGACAGUAGUAGCAAUAACUUUGCUAUGCCGCAGCCACAAUCUUUUCUUUCUUUUCUUUCCUCUUCUACCACUUCUUCUACAUUAGAUUUACCUCCUGCUGUCUACUUGGACCUAAUGUCUUUUAAGAAACUCGAUACCCAAACGCUUUUUGACAACCCGACUUCCGAAUACGUGCAAGCCGUACUUCUAAAGGCAGUUUUGGUGCGCGAAUCGCUUCGUAUGCGAGUUUUGGCACAGGCUGAAGAAGAGGAAUAUGCAUGA